AAGACCAUGAAGACCAUUCAAAGAGUUCUCUUCAAUACCUUUCAUCAUUCAUUCAAUCAUACCACUUCACCUUUCUGUUCAUUCAAUACACUCAAAACCAAUCCAAUAUCAUUUCAUACUCUUACUUCAAACCAAACUCAUCAUCAUCAUCAUCAACUCGGUCCAAUAACUCCAUCAUCCAUCAAAAGGUUUUCAACUCCACCUUUACAUAAAAAAAUUCAAAAAGUUUUAAUAGUCAAAAAACAAAAUGAUCCAAGAGUCACAUCAGUUCUAGAAACCGUUUAUUCAUUUUUUCAAAAACAUUCACCUGAAAUUGAAGUUUUAAUUGAAGAAAAUGAUCAAAGGUUUCAAAGGUUCAAUCCUUCAAACCAUUCCAACUUGAUCGAUUUAAUCAUCGCUCUAGGUGGUGAUGGUACAGUUUUACAUGUAGCUUCUCUUUUUAAAAACUUUAGUUGUCCAGAUAUCUUAGGUUUUAAUCUUGGAACUAUUGGUUUCUUAUUACCUUUUCCUGUUGAAGGAUUUGAAGAUGUGCUUAGGAGUGUAUUGGAUGGAAAAGUUAAAAGAGAAGAAAGGAUGAGGCUUAGUUGUUUAAUGAAAUCAGAUCUUAACCAUCAAUCUGAAUCCAAUGCCAAACCUCCCAACCCAAACGAAGAAACAAACCAAGCAGUUCCAUUAAGCGCAGUCAACGAGAUCAGUCUUCAUAGAAGUCAACAUCCUCAUAUGACACCCAUCCAUAUUACGAUCGAUGGUCAAUUCCUUACAACCGUCGUGGCUGAUGGAUUAGUGGUGGCUACUCCUACUGGUUCAACUGCUUACUCUUGUUCUGCUGGUGGUCCGAUCGUUCAUCCUGCUGUUGCUGCAUUACUUAUUACUCCUAUCUGUCCUCGUAGUCUUAGUUUUAGACCAUUAGUAGUACCAGCAGAUGUGACAGUCGAACUAACAUUGGACUCGGAGGCUCGUGCAUCUGCUGAGCUUGCUCUGGAUGGGAUCUCGACUCAAACUUUACAUCCAGGUCAAUCUAUCAUUGUACGAAAAUCGUUGGAUCCCAUUCGACUUUUGUCUCCUGGUGAUGGAUGGGUAGAUGAUUUAAAUUUGAUGUUAAACUUUAAUAGAUCAUUUGCUUCUAAAUCUAAAUCUCAAGAUCGUGUAUAAUUUUUUGACUUGAAUAGAAUUAAAAAGGAAUGAAUUUAAUGAUCACUACUU